AUGACGAAAGCUCAUGUGGCGCAGCCAUUCCCACUCUCGUUCGUCGCUUUCGUUCGGACUUCGCGAAGGGACGAAGAUCUACUAGAGCGGGCGUGGGAAAAUAGCCAUCGGACCUCGACAUUUUGUCAACGACGCAAGAGCAGGGGAGGGCUUCCUCUCUUUCAGCGGAGGACUCGGCAAGUCAUUCACAACGCACAAGCGCUUCCACCACGCGCUUUGAAAGUCUCGUCAACAUCUCUGAAGCGGAGGUCCGACAUCGCCCCAACGCGUCCUUGAGACUUUUACAGUGCACAGUACGCAUUGAGCACGCGGCGAGCACCACCAGGGCCAAACAGGAAGGGACAGGACCUCCGAAAAGGCCGGGGAGUAACUAUACGGAAAGACGAUGAUAAAGAGCAGCGUUACGAACGACGAUAAGGAGAACGAAGCUUUGAAGUCUCUUCUGCCGCAGUUCGGGGCGGGAACCAAAAGUGGAAUGGAACAUCGUAAACUCACCCGGGAAGAGUUGUUGUUACAAUGGAAGACCUCCAAGGUUCCUAUCAACGCUUCAAGGCUACCGACGGCCGCACAGAGCGCCCUGCAGAAAGCAAAUCCUAACGUAUCAAAGAAUCUACCACCAAAGGCCGACGGGAAAUCAAUCAAACGUCCGACAGUGAAAGUUUACAAGGACCGUGUCAAGAAUCAUAAGGAUAAUGAUGGCGAGAAGCUGACAACGACAAAAAGAAAAACUCGCGCGAGUACCAAAUCGAGCCAAGAAUCUAAAGAGUCACAGUCGUUUGCGGACAGCGAUCAAGACGAAGCAUUCGAUCCUACUCUCUUGAACAUAAAUCCGAUUCGCAAUGCGCUGGACGCGUUGGAUGCAAAUGUUCUCAAACAUAGCAAGUUUGGCACCGAUGAGAGCUUCUCGUCACCGGAAACCUUGGACCCUGAGAAGUCCGCGCAGAAAUCCACCCCAAUGGCUCUUCUGCAGCGCGCCCUUGCCGCCAGGAACGACGAUUUGAAAAACUUGGAGGAGAAAUUUGCGCGCGAGAUUGCUCGGGCAGAUCGCUUUCAAAUUGAGAUUGAGGCGCGCAAGCAAGAGGCCGAGGAAGCGAGAAGCUUGACACGCCAAUUGGAGGAGAUCGUAAUGCAAGCCGAGUACAAGCUGCUCGAGAAAGACGAAGAAAUCGAGAAUCUACAGCUAGAAAUGAUCCGCAAGGAAAAUGCUUGGAACGCGAAAGGAGCCGCUCGGCAGUCUGCGCAAGAGGGCCACUCGCAAACGACGCUGUCGUGCGUAGCUGAUAGGAAAGAUGGGGGCUGCGAGGGCUGUGAAGUUAAAGAGGAGAAUCUGAAGGCCGUUAGCGAGCUACUCGAAAUCGCGGAGAGGGAACAAGAAGAGCUGAACAAAGCUCUGAAGGCGACCAAGAAGCUUCUGGCACAGAAUGCAGAUGAGUCACAGACGUUGGCAAUCGAGCAUCGACAAUUGGAGACAGAAUUCGAACGGUACAAGCAUGCUAUGGAGGAGCGUAUUGCUGCGCUCUCAAGAGUCAACCAGGACCUGUUCUUAGAACCAGCGCAAUUGGAGCAUUUCUGGGGCUUCAUCGACAACGUUAGCAGUGCUGCCUCCAAUCCGGAUGUCGAAGAGCGUGACGAUCCUGAAAUCCCGAAGCAGCGUACCCUCCCUGCUCUCCUUUCGAAGUUUGAGAGGAUUGUGUCGGAGCAAAAUGACACGAUCAAGCAACUCAAGGAGAACCAAGAGAUUGCAGAGCAGGAGUUGAAGGAUUACUACGAUGUGGUGAUGGAGCUUGAGCCCAAAGCCAUUGCCUUACUGGAGCUUGAAGAGAAGUACAGGGAGAGCGUCGAAUGCUCCGAAGACCUGCGUACCAAUCUGCUGAGUACCCAAGUCAGCCUGUAUAAAGCCCAUGCAGAUCUAGAAUUGGCGCAAAACGAAGCUACAGAACUCCGGGACGCGCUGGAGGAGACUUUGGUGGAAAAUGAGAGGGUAAGUUCCGCGUUUUUCGCUUUGCUCUAUCUUCUCCGAUGGCUCAAGGUAAACUGCUAUGCUCCGCGCAGCUUUGUCAGCAAGGGCAUGGUAUGGACGUUUCGGCCGAUCUGUCGGAAGAUAUUUCUAUACAAAUCCAGGAAGGGGACACAAUUUUGGACGAGAUAGCAGAUAUCUACGACAGCAACGCUGCCCGACCAUCCGUAGAGUAGGAUAUUUGUUGGUUAUCCAGGACCUCGCUGUACAGUUCUCUUGUGUAAUCCUUUCUCAGACACUUGCACUUUAUUUUGUGAUGCUUUGAAUUCUAGCCUACACC